AUGGAAGCAGACAAGGUCACAGAAGCGCCUCAUACCACCAUGGAAACAGAGGAGCACUCCUCUUCAAAGGACCCCGCCCCUUUAGAGAACCAUGCCUCAGAAACGUCUUUGAAACCUUCCAUCUCUGAGACCCCUUUAGAGGCCCACACCUCUGAAUCUCAUCUGGUUCCAUCCACUUCCCAGGCCCCUUUAGAGACCCACAACUCUGAAACUCCUUUGGAACCUUCCAUCUCUGAGACCCCUUUAGAAGCCUACACCUCUGAAUCUCAUAUGCUUCCAUCCACUUCCCUGGUCCCAGAGAAACACCUUUCUUCUCCUACCUCAUCACAAGACUAUGUCGCUGUACCUUCCCCUGAUACUCUGAAGGAAGACCUCUCUAAAUAUUCUCCCAGUGAGGUCUCAUGGACAAGGAGGUCCAUCCAGAUCUCUGAGUCUGAGAUCCUUCAAAAGCACUCCCUUUCAAGCCCUUCAGCCCCGGUCCACCUGGAUACAUCUGCAAAGGAAAAGGAAGAGGAAGGAGAAGACAAAGAGCAGGUGGAUGCCACUGACAGCACCGCACACACAGCUCAGCCUGGACAACAGCUGGGCAACACAGUCCACCCAGUGGUGCCUGCCAAGCAAGCAGAGCUGGUGGAAGUGGCUAAGGCAAUGCCCAGAGAGAAGUUUGGUGCUCAGGUGAAUUAUCUUUUCCAAUGGGAGAAGAAUGCAGCCCUAAGUACCAUCCAGACAGGUCUCUACAUUGGCUGGCGCUGCCCCCAUUACCUAUGGGACUGUUUCCGGAUUGGAGAUGAGUCCAAAUGCUUUUGUGGACACUUGUUGAAAGAGCACCAGAUCAUCUCGGACAUAUCUGUGCCCUGCAGUGUGGGCCAGUGUCGCUGCCUCAUGUUCUGCUUUAUCCCAUCACGCCCAGAGGAGGUGGGUGAGUUCUGGCUCAAAAGACGAGCUACCUUUGACCCCAAGGCCUGGAGGGCCCAAUGUCGCUGCAAACACAGCCACGAAGACCAUGCAGCUGCUGGGUCCCAUCCCUGCAGGGUGAAAGGCUGUUGCUGCAACUGUUUUGAGUCUAAUUUCCUCUGUGCGGCCUGUGACCGGCGCUGGGAGGAACACGAGACUUUCUUUGAGACUGAGGAGACCCGGCGACGAGGAGGGAGGCCUCAUGGGACAGACAGUGUCAACACCUGGCGCAGGCCUCUUUGAACCUGGCUCAAAUCAGCAAUAAAAAGGAAGCCUCUGGAA